AUGAGUUGCUUAUUUGAGUGCAGUACCACAGUCUACUGGAUUCUACAGUUCUGUCCCAACACCAUCGGCAGUAUCCAACAGCUCACAGAGUACAGCUCAACUGGCCGCAGCAGGUAUUUCCCCACACCUCCGUCAGUGUCCAACAGCUCACAGCUCAAAGAAAACUAUGAAAAAAGGUUGGAGACGAUCACCAUUGAUGAGUGGGGAAGAGAACCUGGAAAAUUUAGUAGUAACAGAAAGAUGCAGAAGAUCACUUUUGGGGACAGAGGAAAAGAACCUGGACAAUUUGAUUUGAAUCUCGGGAUGGCUGUGUCUGCUGACAAUGAGAUAUUUAUCGCUGAUGUUAGCAACAAACGAGUCCAGGUUUCCAGCAUAAAUGGGACCUAUCUGCGACUCUUCCCAACGGAUGUGCCGGGUGAACAUCGGAAGAUAUCCCCGCACACUGUUGCCAUUGGCGUGGAGCCUGACAAACUGUGGGUAGCGGGUAAGAACAAAUGGGUACGGGGAAGUGUACCUACUGGACAAGUCGUACAGUACAAUAUGAAAGGUCUGCCUCUAAAGACGUUUGACAUUCACGUCGAUUUAUUUACUUUUCCUGCAAUUGCGAUAGACGUGUGCAACAACAAAGUUAUCCUUGGAGAUGUAGAUACAAUUAGAAUUUACCAGCCAAAUGGCUCCCUCGUUGAGGGUUUUCAAGUACAUGUACCAAAGGACAUGCAAGCCAUUCCAAUCCACGGAGUUGCAUCAGACAGCAAGGGAAAUGUCGUGCUUGUCGACUGGCGUGGGCACGUUCAGGUGUACAAUCACUUCGGAGACAUGAUAUUAGAAUUUGUGGGAACCCCGGAUAAUGUUUUCCCCCCUCGAGGUAUCUUCGUGGACUCCUCGGGUCGCAUCAUCUUGUCAAACUGUUCCAAAAACAGAGUAGACAUGUUCACAAGCCAAGGGGAUUUUGUCCGUACUGUCGUGAACACGACGAACCCGUCGUACAUCGCUAUAGGCCCGGAUGGACAAUUGGUGGUGGCUAACACAGUUGGCACUACCGUAACUAUCUUUCCACGCCACGUGUUGUUUCCUUGA